AUGUUAUUGCUAAUUCUCGAACUUUAUCAUGUACCAGUAGUGCCCUCGUUUGCGAUCUCCCUCAUGCCGCCGAAAUCCACCCAAGGCAAGAAACCACGACAAAAAAGCCUCAAAACUCCAGGUCAAGUGGGACGCGCAGUAGAGCAAACAGAGCUCCCAGAGUCAGGGUGUAGCAGAACGUUAUCGGUCAUGCACGAAGAAGAAAUAGUGGAUUAUGGGUCGGAUGACUUCGACGAUACAGGAUCGCAAUACGAGCAGCCCAAUCUGAACCACCAUCAGCCCCCACACGAUGAUCGUCUCGAGGACGGGCCCCCCCCCCCUCCAUUCCUGCAGCGCGAGCCUCAGAUGAACCAUGCCCCGCCCUUCCAACAUCAGAUGAACUAUACCCGCCCUUCCAGCCUCACAUGCAUCACCCAAAUGAACACAGGCCUGGGUUCUUUCCGACCUCCAUUCGCGCCUCAAUCACCGCUUCCCUCAAUGAACCAGCCUCAUAUGCUGCCUCCACAUGCACAUCAAAUGGACCACAAUCCGUUUCAGCAGCACGGGCCUCAGUUGAACUGGACGCCAUCCCAACAGCACACCAUGACCGCGGAGGAACUCUUUCUGAGUUGCUCCGUCAAUCAACCGCUUCCUCCCCCUGUGCGUGGUGCAGACCGCCUUAGCAGACACCUUCGGGACCCGGAAGCACGGCCUGCGCGUUCAUCGCCGUAUGCCCUCCCAGGGCUACGCAAGGUGAUGGUAUUUGGCCCUCGUCGUCAGGACGAGCGACUGGUAACAGCAAAGAAGUUGCGCAGAAACGCCCCACCGCGAAAGAUUUGCCGCCGCCCCCUACCUCCCCUUAAUGUGUCUGUUGCCAGUGCGCAACAAGGCACUCCACCACAACCCCUCCAUUCUCAUGACAACGGCAGUGCGGGAUCUCGUCUCGAGCUCCCUCAGCAGGAGGUGCAACUCCCUCCUCAGCCUGUGCCUGCCGAGCGGGUGGAGGAGGUCCUUUCAGUGAACGGGAUGCCGUCGAAUGACGAGAACAUUGCCAUGGCACGUACUGCGUUAGCAGACGCAAUCGGCACACUCCCAACAUGCCUGCAGGCCAGCACUAUCUCCCAGACGCGAUACAUUUGUCAUGUCACUCACAAAAAUCACUGGGACUGUCCGAACCGUGGUGAAGUCGCUGCGCGCCAUCAUCCAACACAAGUACAAUCUCGAACGGCAUAUGGGACGCGUCGUCAGAGGUUGCGCACAAACUGCGGGUCGUGCCUGCCCUCACGACACACCUGCAGUUCUGUUCACAACUGUGAAGAUGCCUCGUUAUCGAGAUCUUGUGGACACGGGUUCUACAAAGAUCUUGAUUUCAAUGAUCCAACUGCGCUAGAUGGUGUCAUUGCUCUGGCUGGCGCCGCACUGUGCUCAGCGCUUAUGGAGUACAAGACAGGAGUAUACAAGCGCGUUGAAUUUUCAACAGCGAAAUCAAAGGAUACUUACCAGAAUGUUACUGCCUAUAUUUCAGAUAAGAUUUAUCCCCGUGUUGAACUCACAGCACGUUUCAAGGCAUUGAAAGACAAAAUGAAGGAACGAGGAGAGGUCAGAUUGGGUUUGUAG